AUGUGGGUGGCCUUGUCCAAUACUGUGCCAUCUCGGAGACUCGAUAAUCCUCUCGCGAUCCCUCAUCAACACAAGUGUUUUAAACCUUUUCACCCACUACCUACAGAUACAGAAAUGGCUCUUAAGAGAAUUAACAAGGAGUUGACUGAUCUCGGAAGAGAUCCACCCUCAUCCUGUAGUGCUGGUCCCAUCGGGGAGGAUUUGUUCCACUGGCAAGCAACCAUCAUGGGUCCUUCGGAAAGUCCCUACACAGGAGGCGUGUUCUUCUUGAGCAUCGCUUUCCCUACCGAUUAUCCUUUCAAACCUCCCAAGGUGAACUUCACCACACGCAUCUACCACCCUAAUAUCAACGCGAACGGCAGUAUUUGCUUGGACAUCUUGAGGGACCAGUGGUCGCCAGCUCUCACCAUAUCGAAAGUCUUGCUUUCCAUUUGCUCCAUGCUCACGGACCCCAACCCCGAUGACCCGCUCGUUCCAGAAAUCGCCCAUGUCUACAAGACCGACCGAGACAGAUAA